CUUUGAAAAUGAGGAAAAAUAUGGCAGCGGAGGCGUGCAUUACUUCUAGAUUCCUAUUCAAAAUUAGGAAGAAUAUAGCGGCGGGAUUUCUAUUGUCGCCACUGUUUGUAAAGGUUUAUUGAGGCAAAGCGAAUGAUGCAAACACGGCAUCUAGAAAAUUUUUGUUUCAAAAUGAUUAAUGCACUAAAAUCCAAGGGCGGCCGCCCGACGAGAACAACGAAAUUUGUUUCAGCUUAUCUAUACUUAUUGUUUUUAGAUAUUUUGUUGUUUAAUGAUGAAGUACUAAAUUAUUUAUAGAUAUUCCAAAGUCUAAAGCCUAGCUUUCGUGGAGCGGAAAAUCGCGUUGCGGGUGCGGAAUAUCAGAAGCGAGAUUCCGGAAGCGGAUUUUUAGUUAUACUUAGGGUAUUUCAUAUUAUAUUUUAGUGACUUUUAUCAAAUGUCGUACCAUACAUUCACUGCAUACAUCUCAAAGGUGACAGUAAAAAGUGACAGAGAUUGAAAAUCGCGCAAAAGUUGAAAAUAAUUUAAAGUUGAUAUUUCCCCGCUGCGGAACAAAUUUUGAUAAUUCCGCCUGCGCCACGCGAUUUUCCGCUUCAUGAGAACUAGUCUUAACAGUUUUAGAGUAGGUAUUUUAUAUGUAACCAAAUAUGCAGAUGUGGCUGCGAAUUCUGAUAUUAUUCUCGUAGCGUUUUUUUUUUAUAUCUAUUUAGUAAAUUGCACAGUUUAUAAUUAUUUUCUCAACAAAUCAAUCUGUAAAAAUGGCUAAAGUGCUCCUUAACACAUUAUUCAUACUAAUUACAUUAAAAACCGGUAUAAAAUGUAAUGAAUCCCACCAAAGAGUUCGAAGACUCGUUGGGGCGGAACCCGCCAAUAAUGUCGACCCAGUGGUGUACGUGCGUUUUAACGGUCGCGCCGCUCGAGUGGAAGGGACCAGAGAUUUUCCCAAUUACGUUUUUAAAGGGAUAAAGUAUGCCCAACCUCCGGUGGGAGCAGGUAGAUUUUUGCGACCAAAAGAAAAAUUCUUAGAAGGUGAAGUCAAUGCCACAGUGUAUCCGCCGCCUUGCAUUCAGCCAGCACCUGGAAGAACUAAUACGGUUAUAGGAAACGAGGAUUGUUUGGCUUUAAAUAUUUUCACCCCCGAUUUGCCCACUGGAACGGAAGGUUUGCCUGUAAUAGUGUGGAUUCACGGUGGCGGUUUCCGGUACGGUUCGGCGUCACAAUACGGGGUCAGACAUUUGGUGGGUCAACGUCUAGUCGUUGUAACCAUCCAGUACCGUUUGGGAUCUUUGGGUUUCCUCAGUUCGGGUAGCAAACAUUUACCUGGCAAUGCCGCUCUAUGGGACAUGGCCUUAGCGGUACAAUGGAUCAGAAAUUACAUUGGAUUUUUCGGGGGCAAUCCUCAUAGGAUCGUUGUUAUGGGUCAUGAUACGGGAGCAAGUAGUGCUUUGUUGCUAUCGCUGACGAAAAUUGCUAAAGGUAUGCCUAAUGCUAUAGUAGCCAUGUCAGGAACAGCAGUGUCACGAUGGGCAAUCGAUAAUACUCCUUCUGAUACAGCCCAGCAAAUAGCUGAAGAAAAUGGCUGUCCAACGGGCAAUGCGGUGACUAUGGUAAAAUGUUUGCAAAAAGUUCCAGCAGAAUCGAUCGUCAAGGGUGAUUCUCGAAUAGAAUUUCAGCACUUGCAAUCCAGAGGUUUUGUGACCGGCCUAAACGGUAGACUAGGAACCGCUCCAGUUUCCGAAGGUUCAAACGACGGUAGAUCUCUACCAGGGAUGGUCGAGAUUGAUCCUGUAGAGUCCAUGUAUAAACAGGAAAAUCCCAAGAUUCCUUUACUAACUGGGGUGACCAAAGAUGAGACAACCAAAGCAGUAAAAGGUCAGUUCAAAUCGGACAUCCUGAAACAGUUAAAAUCGGUACCGAACUUCUUGAAUAAAGUCCUCGUUGAAAACUUGCACAAUUCGUCUGUAUUAAGCAAGCUGAGUGGGAAACUCGGCAAUAUUGCACAAACCGGCCAAAAUAUAACCAGCUCAUUACUUUCCAAUGGAGCAAACGCUUUGGAAGGAUUGGGAAAUAGUUUACAAUUGAAUUUUGAAAACUAUUUGAAAGCUAAGCAGAACGACAUUGAGGAAAAUUUGCAGAAGAUUUCAGAAGCGACAGCUGACGCUUUAUUCAACGUGCCAGCAUUCUUGCAAGCCCAAUUAUGGAAAGGCGCCCCCACUUAUCUCUAUAGUUUCGAGCACUCUGGAAAUAUGCAUAGGGGAUUUAGUUUUUUGCAAGGAUUGCCCAUAGUUGGUAAUGCUUCUUCCACAGAGACAAAUUCAAACGACACUGUAGGUCAUGGUGAUGAACUGUCCUACCUUUUUGACGCUCACGAUCUUGAAGGUAAUCCUCUUCCUACAAAUGAACCGACUGAAGAUGAUCUAAAAGUAAGAAACUUCUUCACUCAAAUGAUUGCCGAUUUUGCCCGACACGGAGAGUUCAAAAUCGACAACAAAAAAGUACCUUCGUUCAACUUGGGCGAAAACAAUUUCGUGCAAAUCAAACCGGAACCGAUUCUGGCAAAUAAAUUUAAAUUUUGCGAGAUGGCGCUGUGGACUAAUAUUGGAGAUCGGCUCAAGAGCAACUCCUGUCAGUUUCUGAAAGCACUGGAAAGUGGAGUGUCUAAAAAUCUAGGUAAGGUGCAAGAUUUGGGUAGUUUAGUUCCCGGUUGGAAUAGUCAGAGCCCGAAUAAAAAUCCGUUAGGGGGAAUUUUGGGUAGUAGUGGACAACAAAGCGUUAAGUCGCAAAAAUCGAAUCCCCUUGGUAUUAUUGGAUAAUUAUAUUAUUGGAUAAAUAAAUUAGGUAUGUCUACGUAUACCUUAAAAAAAAUAAUAAAUGUUUG